AUGCCGGCCGCAACCGGGAGCUCCGCGAGACCGCCACCUUCAGCACUGGUGCCCGGCACGGACAUUGUGGUUACGCCCGACCUACUACCUCCUGUUCCCGAGGACGACGAAGGGCUACUUGACGCAGAGCCCGGCCAGGAAGCACCUCUGGAACCACCGCAGAAUCCAAGGACGGGCGAAGGGGCACAGGCACUAGGCCUAGAAGCACCGCUUGAACCACGGCAGAAUCCAAGGACGGGCGAAGGGGCACCAGGCACAGACGCCAACAUGGACAGGCAAGCCUCCACAGUGUCAUCCGUUGAGCCAGAGCCAAUGCCCAGUACACCCCUGGUCGCACCAGCUCCAGCACCGAGCGAACAACCACAUGUACCACCAGCUCCCAUCAAUAUGUUUCGAGAUCCUGACCGCUUAGAUGGCUACAGGCCGUCCCGUGGGUCUCGGCCGGAGAGCUCGCGACCAUACUUCGCGGAGGCGCUGUCCUGGGAAUUCCCACCAGUCUCCCAUACAGUCCGAGAGCAGCGUUUGCGGAGAAUGGUGGAUGGAGAGGAAGAGUACGAGCCGGACACCACCGACGAGGAGGAUUAUGAGAGCAUGUUCGCCGACCUCACUCCGGCCGACAUCUUCUUGACGGGCAAGGCCGUCCGCUCGGAGAUCAAGCUCAAGGACCUGAACCCCGAGGAGAAGAAGAAGUUCGAGGCCUCUAUGGCCAAAGAGUGGGCCUCCUGGGAGAAGUUCAACGCAGUGGAGGUCCUGACGCCCGACCAGGUUGCGCAGCUGCCGGGCGAUGUGCGCAUCAUUGGGACGCGCUGGGUUCACACCGACAAGAACCAAAAGCAGAGGCUCCUUGCUCUACACGUUCGGGGGAAAACCGGCAAAAGCAAGGAGCAGGUACUCAAGGAGUACCCAUUCGCAGCCAAGUCCCGGCUUGUGGUGCAAGGGUGUCAGGAGGACUCCCGCGACAUACGCUCAGACAGCCCCACCGCAAGCCUCCUCGCCUUCAACCUCCUUUGCGCCGUGGCUGUGAUGAACGGUUGGGAGGUGGCUGCCAGUGAUGCCUCAACGGCCUACCUCCAGUCUCAGGGGAUCAGCAGGCUUUUGGUGCUAAGGGCACCCAGGCCACCACCACCAGGGCUCGGGCCGAACGACCUUCUCAGAGCAAAAGGGUCUAUCUAUGGGACCCGCGACGCCGGCCGGCAAUGGUGGAAGAAACUCUACCGUUCCCUUUUGGACCACGGGUGGAGGUUGUCCCGCAUCGAGGCCGCCUUCUUCAUCCUGGCCGACGGCCCGCGCUUGUUGGGGGUAAUGAUCUCCCACGUCGAUGAUCUCUACAGCGCAGGAGAAGGCAAGGCCUAUGAGGACACGCUCACCAAGUUAGAGGGCGAGCUGCACCUGACGAUCAAGAGAGGUGCCUUUCGGUUCUGCGGGAAGAACAUAAAACAGGUCGACGGCGAGAUCUUUAUCGACCAGAUGGACGCCAUCGAGGGGAUCGACUAUAUGGUUCUCCCGACCGACCGCCGCAAGAACGUCAAUAGCCCCCUGACGGAGCCAGAGAAGACUGCAUUCAGAGGGCUCAUCGGGCAGAUGGGCUGGGUGACCCGGCAGUCAAGGCCGGACCUGCUCGUGAAUGUGAGUCUGGCCGCCCAGUCCGUGAGCAGCCCCAAGGUUAGCGAUGUAGUUCGCUUGAACCGUGCCGUGAAGAUGCUCAAGGACACCUCCGAGGCAAAGUGGUGUUUCAGGAAGAGCGACCUCAAGCUUAAGGACGCCGUCGCCUUCGUCUUUGCAGACAGCAGCUUUGCCAACGUGGAGGGUUCAAAGAGUCAGUGCGGCUACGUGGCUGGGCUCACUAGCCCCGACAUCGUGAAUGGAGGGCCCGUGCCGAUCUACGUCGUAGAGGCCUUCUCUGGGAGUAUAAAACGCGUGUGCCGCAGCACCUUGGCUGCCGAGGCGAACGGCUUCCUGAGCGGCGCAGAGGCAGCGGAAUAUAUUCGCUCCCUUCUCCUGGAGAUUAACCACCCCGACGUGACCGUCCGGGACCUGGACCAGCACUACGUGAAGAAGAAGAUUGCCUGCUUCACGGACGCGCGCUCUCUCGAGCAGACCUUGAACAAGGACGCCGGCCAGCCCCAGGACAAGAGAGUGAGAAUCCUCAUUGCCCAAGCCCGGGAAAUGAUCGGGGAGAACAACUAUGAUGAUGAUGCCCCCGGCUUCGCUACGUGGGUCGAUACCUCGCAGAUGCUUGCAGAUGUGCUGACGAAGGAGAACUGCGAUAGGGAGCCCCUUUUGCAAGCCCUCGCCCAAGGUGUAUGGCAGCUCGAGCCUUCGGACGCGGCCAGAGAGCGAAAGCUCCUGAUCCGUGCGGGAAGGCAUUCGCGAAAGGCCGCCAAGCAAGUGCGAGCCGAGGACGGGUGA